CGUGCGUGCGUGCGUGCAGAGCGUGGGGCGCGGCGUGGAGCGCGCCGUGCGCCAGGCGGAUGUCCGGGCCGGCUGGGCCGGAGCUGGGGAAGGAGAUGGCGGAAGGCGGAGGCUGCGGGCAGCGGCCGGACGCAGAAACCCAGAAAUCCGAGCUCGGGGCCUUGAUGAGGACGGCGCUUCAGCGAGGGGCACAGUGGUAUCUGAUUGACAGCCGGUGGUUCAAGCAGUGGAAGAAAUAUGUGGGCUUUGAUAGCUGGGAUAUGUACAAUGUGGGUGAAAACAACCUGUUUCCUGGCCCAAUAGAUAACUCCGGACUUUUUUCAGAUCCUGAAAGUCAAACCUUAAAGGAACAUUUAAUUGACGAACUAGACUAUGUAUUGGUUCCUACUGAAGCCUGGAAUAAAUUAGUGAAUUGGUAUGGCUGUGUGGAAGGGCAGCAACCUAUAGUCAGAAAAGUUGUGGAACAUGGCCUAUUUGUCAAACACUGCAAAGUAGAGGUUUAUUUGUUGGAACUGAAGCUCUGUGAAAACAGCGACCCCAACAAUAUGCUGAGUUGCCAUUUCAGCAAAGCAGAUACCAUAGCAACCAUUGAGAAGGAAAUGCGGAAACUAUUUAACAUUCCUGAUGAGAGGGAAACAAGGUUAUGGAACAAGUAUAUGAGUAAUACAUAUGAGCAGCUCAGCAAGCCAGACAACACUGUGCAAGAUGCUGGUUUAUACCAGGGGCAGGUACUAGUCAUUGAGCCCCAAAAUGAAGAUGGCACAUGGCCUAGACAAACGCUUCAGUCCAAAUCAAGCACUAGCAGAGCUUUUACUACCUCUCCAAAAUCAUCAGCAAGCUCCUAUUCCUCCAUGUCUGCUUCUCCCAUUACAAAUGGUGAUAGUGCUAACUCUUCUGGCGUGCACAGCUCCGGUCUCAGCAGGGGAGGUUCUGGCUUCUCCAAUUCUUAUAGUUGCCGAGAGUCUCAAUCUCACACUCAACCUGGGCUUUGUGGACUUGGAAACCUGGGGAACACCUGCUUCAUGAAUUCUGCUUUGCAGUGCUUAAGUAACACUGCACCAUUGACCGAAUACUUUCUAAAAAAUGAAUACGAAGCUGAAAUCAACCGAGACAAUCCUCUGGGAAUGAAAGGGGAAAUUGCUGAGGCCUAUGCUGAACUCAUCAAACAGAUGUGGUCUGGGAGGAACACCCAAGUGGCCCCACGGAUGUUCAAAACCCAGGUUGGUCGUUUUGCCCCUCAGUUUUCGGGUUACCAGCAACAGGAUUCUCAAGAGUUGUUGGCCUUUCUUCUGGAUGGAUUACAUGAGGAUCUGAAUCGUGUGAAGAAGAAACCAUACUUGGAGUUAAAGGAUGCCAAUGGCCGACCUGACUUGGUGGUGGCAAAGGAAGCAUGGGAGAAUCACAGGUUAAGGAAUGAUUCUGUGAUAGUGGAUACUUUCCAUGGCCUUUUCAAAUCUACAUUGGUCUGCCCAGAAUGUUCUAAAAUUUCUGUGACUUUUGACCCAUUCUGUUAUUUAACUCUCCCCUUACCUCUGAAGAAAGAUCGCACUAUGGAGGUAUUCUUGGUUUCUGCAGAUCCGCAGUGUAGGCCUACCCAGUAUCGUGUGACUGUACCAAUGAUGGGGGCUGUGUCUGACUUGUGUGAAGCUCUCUCAAAGCUUUCUGGUAUUGCUGCUGAAAAUAUGGUGGUCACAGAUGUGUAUAAUCACCGGUUCCACAAAAUUUUUCAAAUGGAUGAAGGUUUAAAUCAUAUUAUGACCCGGGAUGACAUCUUUGUAUAUGAAGUCUGCAAUGUAACAGAAGAUGGAUCUGAAUGUGUCACUUUCCCAGUUUACUUCAGAGAGAGGAAAAUCAGGCAGACAAGCACAUCAUCUGGGACUGUUCUGUAUGGGCAACCAUUGUUAAUCUCUGUCCCAAAGCACAAAUUAACCAUUGACUACUUGUACCAAGUUAUCUGUGAACGUAUCAGCCGCUACAUAAAGCAUCCUUUACCAGAUGACUCUCCUAAACCACAUCUAGACAGUGCUACCUGCAAUGGUUCCAAUGGCAUUUGUGAAGGAGAAGAAGAAAUGGAACACCAAGAUGAAAGCAAAGGACAACCUGCAGAAACAGAGACCUGUUCAUCAGAGGACUCUGUGGAACAUGAAUUGGGAAAUGAGUCCCAUCAAAAUGUCCCAAAGAGAGUCAGAGGCCAGCACUGCAAGAAAAGGCUUUUUACCUUCAGCCUGGUAAAUUCCUAUGGCACCACUGACAUCAAUUCUCUUGCAGCCGAUGGGAAACUCCUUAAACUGAACUCUCGUUCCACAGUUGCUGUUGAUUGGGACACCGAAACCCGGUGUCUUCACUACGAUGAACAAGAAUCAGAGGCUUAUGAUAAACACAGCAGUAUGCUACAGCCCCAGAAGAAGAAGAAAACGACAGUGGCUCUCCGAGAUUGCAUAGAGCUCUUCACUACCAUGGAAACACUUGGGGAGCAUGAUCCCUGGUAUUGCCCUAACUGUAAGAAACAUCAACAGGCUACAAAGAAAUUCGACUUGUGGUCCUUGCCAAAAAUAUUGGUGGUUCAUCUCAAGCGAUUUUCAUACAACAGAUACUGGAGAGAUAAACUUGACACAGUAGUUGAAUUUCCAAUAAGGGACCUGCACAUGUCUGAGUUUGUCUGUGACCCAGCAGCUGGCCCUUAUGUCUAUGACCUCAUUGCAGUAUCAAAUCAUUAUGGAGCCAUGGGUGUGGGCCACUAUACUGCAUAUGCAAAAAACAAACUGAAUGGCAAAUGGUAUUACUUCGAUGAUAGUAAUGUAUCUCUGGCCUCUGAGGAUCAAAUAGUGACAAAAGCAGCAUAUGUGUUGUUUUACCAGCGCCGGGAUGAUGAAUUUUAUAAGGCACCCUCACUCCCGGGUUUCCCUGGCCCCUCAGAUGCAGGGAAGAAAGGAAAGCGCUCCCAGGAAGGGCUGGAAGAGGAUGACAUGUAUAGCAUGGAUACCAACUGAAACUGCCUGAAGUCAGCCACUUAGAAUACCAUUUGACACAUCUGGAACAUCUCUUGCACUCUAAAAGCUGCCAGAUGUACAGACUGCCAUCCAUAAGGAAAAUUCCUUUUUUAUGGAACAGAAGAGAAAAAAAAGACCCUGUUUGCUCAUGAAGGGUUAUGUUGAGAGGCUGAAUUAUUAUUUUUAAAUACAAGUUGUGGGAAAGUUCUGUAAA